AUGGAAAUUGGUGAAGUAGGAAGUGUCGCGGCUGAUCGCACUGAUGACUAUGGUGUAUCUCGUAUGUACAAUAGUUUUGUUCCAUAUACGAAAGGCGAGAAUAAGCAGAGUGGUAGCAUCUACCAUUUCUAUGGCGGGCGUCGUUACAGGUGCUGA